UGUUUCCUCCGGAUAGAUAUGAUCUUCAAAUGAGUAGAUGCCGAGUGGUGGAGGAUAUACGACCCAAGUGGAGUAGCUUUUUUUCCAGAAUGCAUCGUCACUCUUGAUUCUCUCGUUCUCAAAUCUCAAUCUCAAUCUCACACAGUAGUCACCGCCCUUAUCAUGGACCCGAAAGGAACAAUCGUCUUCACCUCCGUCGGCAGACAACACUACGGUUUCGACGUCUUCUCCCUCAAAAUCCCCUCUAAUCCCAUCGACAUCACCCACUCCUCCGAACACCCCCUCACCGACGGAAUUUCCAUCAAUUUCAACGGCCAAUUCCUGGACGAAGACCAAACCCUCGUCUACGUCUCUGAGAGAACCGGAUCUUCUCGCCUCUAUCUGGCUCGCCCUGGAUCCCCCAAACCGGAGCUACUCCCAUCCCCUCCUCGUAGUCUGUUCCACGACCGCCCAGUCAUUAAGGACGGACGCCUAUACUUCAUCUCAGCUCACGAACCCAACGACAAACCCUUCAAGAGCUGGUCUGCUCUCUAUUCCACCGGACUCCACCACGACGGGGGCAAAAUCGUCCGGCUAACGCCGUCUGGGUCCGUUGAUUACAGCCCUGCUAUCUCUCGCUCUGGGAAAUUCAUCGCCGUCGCAUCUUACGGGGCCCGGCCUUGGGCUGGCGACUUCCACGAUCUCCAGACGGAUAUUGUCGUGUUCAGAGAAUCCGACCCGACUCAACGCACCGCUGUCUGUGAACACGGUGGUUGGCCCACUUGGUCCGGCGAUUCCACUGUUUUCUUCCACCGUCAAGCCGAUGAUGGUUGGUGGAGCAUUUUCAGAGUCGAUUUGCCCCCCAACCAUGAUGAUUUUGAAACAUCUACCAACACUUGCAUCAGAGUCACCCCACCGGGAGUCCAUUCCUUCACUCCGGCGGCUCUCCAAGACGGCAAACGAAUCGCCGUCGCCACUCGCCGGCGUGGAAAUAAUUACCGUCACAUCGAGAUUUUUGACUUGCUUUCACAAGAAUUUUACCCUGUGACGGCGCUGCUAAGCCCAAACUUCCACCACUACAAUCCGUUUGUCUCGCCGGAUUCUGGUUUUCUGGGUUAUCACAGAUUCCGAGGCGAGUCAGCAGCAAUAGGUGGUGACUCUGUAAUUCCGCACUUGGAUGUGGUGGCGUCUCCGGUAAAUGGUAUCCAAAUGUUCAGGCUCAACGGUUCGUUCCCGUCUUUCUCUCCAGAUGGUGAUUUGAUAGCAUUUAAUCACGAUUUUGAUUCGAAUUCUGGUCUUAAGAUCGUCAAAUCAGACGGUUCAAAGAGAUGGACCCUGUUGAAAGACCGAACAGUGUUUUACAAUUCCUGGUGUCCCGCGGAGAAGAACGUGAUUUUCUCAUCGCUGGGACCCAUCUUCGCAUCCGUCAAAGCAACGGUCCAGAUCGCUCGAAUCUCAUUCGAUCUCGCAAACCUUGACGACCAAAGCGAAGAAGAUAUCGCAGUCCCGGUCGAGAUUAAGCUCCUCACGAGAGAGGAUACGGGUAAUAACGCGUUCCCGUCGUGCUCGCCGGACGGGAAGUUUGUGGUCUUCAGAUCUGGCCGUUCAGGGCAUAAGAACCUGUACAUAGUCGACGCCGUUAACGGGGAAGCAGACGGAGGCGUCCGUCAAUUGACAGAAGGGCCGUGGAUUGAUACGAUGCCGAGCUGGUCACCGGACGGGAAACUCAUCGCGUUUUCGUCGAACAUGCACAACCCAGACAACGUGGAUGCAUUCAGCAUAUACGUGGUACAUCCAGACGGCAGUGGUCUAAGGAGGAUUUACUUGGCGGGGGCGGAGGGAUCGAGUGAGGUGGACAGAGAGAGGAUUAACCACGUGUGUUUCAGUGCAGACGGGGAGUGGUUGUUGUUCACGGCGAACUUGGGUGGAAUUACGGCGGAGCCGGUGUCGGUGCCAAACCAGUUCCAGCCGUAUGGGGACUUGCACGUGGCGAGGUUAGACGGAAGUGGAGUGCGGAGGCUGACAUGGAACGGGUACGAGAAUGGCACCCCAACGUGGUACCAGGGGGCUGAGCCGGAAAUGGAGCGUCUGGGCGUGGGGUGCUGCCAGUUUGGAGAUAAGCUCAAGGGUCAAUUUGACGAACCUCUUUGGAUCCAAUGCGACUUUUAAUUUAGUACUAGUAAUUAACUACUGCUACUGCUACUGCUGUGCUACUCCUCUAAAAUGAAAUGAGCAAUGUAUAUCAUCAUAUCAAAUUAUCAAUCAUGAUGUGGUUUGUGAACCAACUGAUAAAAAAAAUUACUUACGAUGGGGUUUUCAAUAGGAAUGGUACUCUAAA